CCGCCGCAAUCGAAAAAUUCACAUUCAGUCACACCAUGAGUUCUGGUCAGGUCCUUCACAUGAGUUCUUUCUUGAUUUUGGUCUUCUUGGCCGGUUUGAUUGACAAGUCAGCAAGCUAUUUGAUUUCUGAUAAUUCUCCAAAACCUGUUGCUGCUGCUGCAGCUGCUGUCACGGGGAUUCAAUGUUUUGUUGGUGGUGAGUGCCUCGACUCAUUGAUCGUAGAUGUUACACCCACCAACACUUCCUCCAUGUGUUUGCACCAUUGCCAGCAAACCCGGGGCUGCGAAUGGUUCACGUACUACAAGGACACAAAGUUGUGCGCUUCCCUCUCGGUGUGCUUGCGCCUUAACCAAACCAUCUGCGGGGACAAUUGCGUGAGUGGUGAGGACGAAUGUCCCGAGUUCUAUUGUGGCGUCAAGGGCAAGUGUCUGGGAGCAUUGGAGGGCAUGCGAUUGGUAGAGACCGUGGAUGAAUGCAAGGCCAAAUGCAAUGCUGAGGCCCGAUGCAAAUGGCACUCAUUUGACCCAUCCACCAAGGUGUGCUCCAUGACGGCCGAUUGUCCAGCCUUGGAUGCCAAGUGCGAAACUUGCAUUGCUUCUGAGCGAGCUUGUGAGACUGGUCAGGUGUCCGUGCCACGGAACAACACCUUGAUGGCUGUUCCUCAAAAAUACGCAAAAGUUAUUACUAAAAAAUGAGGAUUGCAACAAAAGCAACAAUUUCUAGUUGAGGAACAAUGAUUGCUAUCCAGCGAUUGUACAAUAGACCGUAUACGUUACAUAUUAUUACCGAAACAUUUCCAGCACCAUUUAUCUUGUUGUUACUAUUUUGUUACUCAAUGCUGUAAGCCGUUAUAUUGUGGAAUGAAUAAAUGACUCAAACUAGG